GGGAGAGAAAAAAGGAGAAAAGAAAAAGGAGGACACGUAGGGCAAAAGGAAGCAGACAGAUGUUGUGAGUGUGACGUAAGGCAACUGAGUUUACGUGAAACCAAUGUCGGUAAGAGAGAAUUCAAAAACAAAUCUUCACGUCUCUCUCUAAACCCAACUCUCAUAUAUGUCUUCUUCCACUAACUACUUCCUCAACCUCUCCCUUAUAAAUAAACCUCUUGACUUCACUCUUCAUCUUUAAGAUCACAUCAAUCACAACUAACACUUUUACAUGAAGAGACAGAGAAAAGAUAUGGAGGAAGAAGGGACUGCUGAUGAUCACUCAUUGGCUGCUGCAGCGAUGGCGGUUGCUGUUGCCGCCGCAGCAGCAACAGCAGCGGAAGAGGAGGAGCAAUGUUGGGGCGGCGGAGUAGUGGAGGAGAUAACGUGGAGCUCUGUGUGGUUGCCUUUUUGGGACGUUGAGUUUGUAGGAAGAAACUAUGGUGUCUUGUUCAAUGAUGUUGUUUGGGACGAUGAUAUUUGGAACAUCCACAAUUUAACUCAUUCCUCAUAGUCAUAGUCCUUAACCUUUGUUUCCUUAUGAAAAAAUAAUCGGAUCAUAGUUCCCUUUCUAGAUAAUUUUCCUCUUUCAUCCAAUGGGUUAAUUUUAAAAUCACUUGUCUAGAUUUUUAUGAGAUAGUCCGUUUAUAAACUAUGUUCAUAUUUUAAUAAUACUGUUAAAUGCAUAUAUUUUAUAGACGCCGUGCCUCGGCUUGUCUCAAGACUCGAGAGUGAUUCACACCAGUUUCCAAUUGGUGGCCAUACCUACACAUUACCGGCUCAAUUAAUAUUAGGGAUUAUAUAUGUACUUUAAUCGUUUGACAAAAUAGAAUAAAAAAUAUAUGUACUUUAAUCUAAAAUGGUUCAUACCAUAAAAUUUUGGAGCUUAUUUCCACUAUACAAAACCAUCUUUACUUCGGGUUUAAACUCACUUAAACCUUUUUAAGCCAUUUAAUUUUAGUAAAAAGCA